AUGACAUCAGAAAAGAUACUAUCAAACUAUUCUUCCAAUGGCAACGCUAGUCAACACUUUUUCAGUUUGUUCAACAACAGUACAGCACCAUUGUUGACCACGUUAAGUCUCGUGUGUUUUCUUGUCAAUAUUACAAUCAUCUCACUGUUUUUCAUCGAUCCAUUACACAGCCUAAGAAGACCUUCGGGUUAUUUGGUGGCAAGCCUCAAUGUCGGAGCGAUUUUAACAAGUACAUCAUCGAUACUAAUAACUCUACCCGGAAUUGACAGUACGAUCGUCCUGUCUGUGAAUGUAUUUUUCGCCGUUACUUCGGUGGCUGCGACAGCCUCGUUUAGUUUUAUAUUCAUUCUAUCCUACGAACGUUACGUACUUGUAACAGCACCGAUAAAAUACAAACGAGUUGUGACAGUACGACUUGUUCAAAUACUUGCUGCGUCCAUUUGGAUAUGGAGUGGAAUUAUAGGCGUAUUUAUGCUCAAAAUGUUCGCCACAACGGAUCAUCAAUGGCUGAGUCUACCUUUUGGAAUCCUUUUCAUAAUUUUAGUCACAAUUGACAUUAAAACGUUUAUUGAAAUCAAGAAACUCAACUCGAACAUCACUAGUAUUACGGAGACUGGUCCGGAAAGAUCUGCAGUUAGUCAAGCGAUAAAGAAAAGAAAUAACAUGCACAGCAGAUUCGCCCUAGUGGUCGUGCUCUUACUACUUAACUUUAUAUUUCUCGCUUGUCCGAUGUUUGUCUACGAUGCUCUCUCGACAUUUAAUAAAAAAUGCGAGUUCUGUCUGUUCACUUCUAACAUAGCGGACGCGACGAUGUAUGCAGCGACAAUGAUUCUGUUCAUUUGUCACGACAUAAACACGGCGUUGUUUUAUCUGAUUUUAAUUCCAAAAUACCGUUUGUCCUUUGUGGCGAUGUUUAGAAAGUGCAAAAUGUCGUUUCUUAAGAAGUUGUAA